CGAAAAUGUAAACAAAAAAAUGUGACCAACAUCAGAUAUUUGUUAGUCACGCUACAUUGUAUCAGGAAUAAUAGACAUACCCAUAUAAAAAAUUUAGUUACACAAUAAUGACAUUGUAAUACAGAAAACACAUAAUGGCACAACAAUACAAUUCUCAACAACAAGGACAAUUGUUAUGGACUAGACAAGUUGAAAUUGCCAGCACAGCAGAACAAACUGCCUCUGAAUUUGAUAUUAACACAGAGAUUACAAGACAACAUUGGAAAAUCCAAGAUGGAAUUACUAACUGUAGGAACAAACAAUGCAUGAAAAAGUUUUCCCUGAUAGAAAGAAUACAUCAUUGUAGAAGAUGCGGUGAAAUAUUCUGUAAAGAAUGCGUGAAUUACCAGAGAAGGCUGAAUAAAUUGGCGCACCCAGACCCAGAGGGCAAGGCAUUUAAAGUAUGUAAGAAAUGUUUUGAUGAAGGUAAAAACUUGGAUGGACAAAAGAGAAGGUUGACAGAAUAUUUUUUUGCCUUGAGGAGACGGGCACAAGAAAACGCAAUUGUGUUAGAGAAUGGAAAUGUACGAGGGACAUGGAGAAAUAGGUUGGAUUUAGAAAAAGAAGUAAGACGAUUGCUAAAUGGCUUCAAAGAGAGUAUAGGUACAUCAGAAAUGAAAAGAACUAUACAUGAAAUGACUAAUAUUGUAUCAACACCAGCUUGGCAAAAAUCUACUUUUUGGUUGCAAGAAAACAUGGCAAAUCAAUGCCAAAAAUGUCAACAGAAAUUUAACUUGGUUCGCAGUAAACAUAACUGUAAAUUAUGUGGGAGGGCUGUCUGUAAAUCUUGUUCUUUCAAAGAUGUCAUAUUAUAUCUACCUGAUGAUGAGGACACUAAAGAACCUAGACUGGCUGUCAUUAAAGUUAUAGGGAGUCCCUCUGUGGAACCAGAACUUGCAUUGUAUGUUAGAGUUUGUGAAUCUUGUUUAGAAAGGUUGAGAAAUAGACAGCUGGAAAAGUUAGAAAAGGAAGAAAAGAUGUUAGCUAAGGGAGGUGACUCUUUGGAAAUGUUACUCAAAGUACAUUCUACAAUGCACAGAAACGAAGUUAAGAUGGAAGAUCAGUUGAAUGAGUACCAAAUAAUCAUUGAGAGUUUAGAGGAUAAUAGCAGAAAGCUUAACAGUAGUGGAAAAAGUAACAUUCAGACAGUGGCCAAAGCACAGGAAGAUUUAGCUGAUUACUUGGCUCAAUAUGUGCUGAACAUUCAAAGAAUGAAAAAGUUAACUCCAGAAUCAAAUACUCAAGCCAUCCUGUUUAGGAAUUGUCUGAAGGGGAAAUGUGACUUUUACUUUGACAAUCAAUUUCGAUUUAAAAGUUUACAGAAAACAUUGGGCGAUUCUACCCCACCAAAAAUACUUGAAUGUAUACAAAGAACUGUGGAUAAACAUGCAAUAGUGAGCACACAGCUAUACAUUAGGCAACUUACAUAUGAAACAUUACAUAUAUGUGAUAAGUACAAGCUGAGAGAUCAUAUACCACAGAAAUUAACACAGACAGAUGAGUUUGUAGAAAAGGAGACUAUAGAUUGUAUAGAACAAGAUGGUGAUGACAUAGAUGAUCACUCAGAACAACUUCAAGAAUUAUUACAGUCACAACUAAAGGAUCAUCGUCUCAUUAAGCUUUCAAAAAGAACUUUAAAAUGUUCAGGGUCACACCAUGCUGCAGAUAUGUUGAUAACAAGGUCAACAGACAUUUUGCACCAGGUCAAAGUUCAGCUUAUGAUGAAGUCAGCCAAUAGAAGUUUCCCACAGACAAAACAAACACUUGAUCAAACACUAGAAGAACUGAAGACAGUCACUUUACAGGAUAUUGUUAAGUUGUAGGAAUUAUUAUUAGUAUCCAUACAGUAUAAACUAUUUGUAUUAAUUCAGUUUCUAUGAUUUAAUCUUUUAUAUUGGAAAACUUUUUAAAAAAAAAGACAAUGUAGGAUUCUAAGAUACUUUUAUUUGAUCAACAUGUUUAGGCUCGCAAAAUGUCUUUGUUUUACGUUAAUUGUUUUGUUAAAAAUUAGGCCGUUAGUUUUCUCAAUUGAAUUGUUUCAUAUUUUUCAUGUUGGGGCUUUUUAUAGCCAAUUAUAGGGUAUGGGUUUUUCUCAUUGUUGAAGGCCAUACAGUUGCCUAUAAUUGCUUAUAUCCACUUUAUUUGAACGUGGAUGGAUAGUUGUCUCAUUGGCAAUCAUACCGCAUCUCCUUAUUUUUAUAUUGAUGAAAGCUUGUCCACACAGGGAACAUGUGGAUCAAACAAGAGUACCUUAGAAUCCUACAAAGUGUUAAUAUUUUUUUAUCUUAUUUAAUAAAAAUAACCCUGCAUCCCACAAGGUAUCCACUUCUAGGAUAGUGACUUUGUUCAUAUUUCAAAUGUUGGUUCUCUAAAACCUUAAUUCUUUCAUAUUUAUGUAGUAUGGGAAUUAUUGAAAUAAUGUUUGUUGUUUAAUAUAAAUUUAUAAAUAUAUAACUUUACAGCCAUCAUAAUAAUGAAUGUAAUAAUUGACAAUCAAAGGUUAGCAUCAAAUCAAAUCAAAACCACUGUGUUGCUACUUAUGACUGUUGAAACUGGAUUCCUUUUUAUAAACGUUUUUUACAGUCAAUAAAUAAAUGACCUGUUUCAUAUUUAUCUAUAUGUUAUAAUCAUUUACAAAUUUAAUUUUAAUGUUAUAAUAUUUUCUUGCUACAAAAUGAUUCUGAUCUUGUUAAAUUAUUUGUUUUAGUUGCACCAUCCAGAUAUGACAUUAUAUGUUUAUAUACAUUGUAAUGAGUUAAUUGUUAUAUUUGUCUGUUUAUAUAUCAUGUAUAUUUUUACUGGUUUUGUUUACUAACAUUGCAUUCCAUAAAUGAAACUUAUAUAUUUAUUAAACGUUUACAUUUUAUUCAUAAUAUACUAUUUGUUUAUUUUGUCAAAACAUUUCUGUUUAAAUUUAUUUUUUACAACAGGUUGUAUUUUACUGACUGUCAUCUGAUGAUAUAUGAAAUAACCCCCCCCCCCCCCCCCCC